AAACAAGCCUCCACACCCUGCAGUCUAGGGAAGUUCCUCUGCAUUCUUGCAAUACUCACACACACACACACACACAGAGCGAAGCAAAUAGACAGAAAGCUGUGAGGACUGUGAGGGGGUGUGGUGUGGUGGGCCUGCCGGAGGCCUGCUGAAGGACUGGAGACCAGACGCUCAUCACCCAGGCCUUGCCAGUGCCAUCAUGAGUAAGGUAGGAUGCGACAAAGGUGGAGGAAGUAUUGUCGAGGAGAACCUUGAGAAGUCAUCUCGUGACAAGGCCCCAGUUGCUGUGGCAACAGAGCCGGGAUGGACGAAGAUUAGCUGCCCCUGUUGUGUGUCAGAGUGGGUUGAGCCUCUGGUUCUGGUGAAACUUGGCGAGAAGGUCCGUCCCGAGACUAAAAGGUGGCUCCUCAAGCUGAUUGGUGCUCCUCAGAAAGAUGGAGGUGCAGCAUUACUGGCCCACCCAGGCGAAGAUGCCACUGGGGAUAUCAUCAUGAUCUCUGCCCCACGGUGCACAUUGCUACAAGCCACCGAGGAGUUGGGGCUGUGUAAAACGUACAACACCGGGGAAAUGGAGACGUUCUCAUACGACGACAGAGACAACUUUACGCACUCAGACAACAUGGAGAUCUUCCUGACACUGGCUGAGAAACAGUACAUUGUAAAGUAUGAGCUGGAGGGUCUACGUGCACAGAGGGAUGUGAGGAUACCAGGACUAGAUGACAAAUACACACUUCACCACCGAGACAACAUCUGGCAGAAGAUGAGCUCCGCUGGUGUGGUUGUGGACACAUUUCCUCUUCAUAACCGGGUUCAACUGAAAGAGCUCGGGAAAUCCUGGUACUCUGGGAACCGGCUGUCACAACCACUGGAUUCAGUCAACGCAUAUUUUGGAAGCACAAUGGGCUUCUACUUCAGUUUCCUUGAUUUCUACACCUGGUCUCUGCUGCCACCUGCAAUACUGGGCCUUUCCAUCACAUACCUCUCCAGUGAGGUGCAGAAGGAAGCGGUGGAGGCAAUGGCUGGCUUGGAGGCCGAGAUCCACAAGGAAGAGUCUGGACUUGCCAUCAGCGGUCACAUGGUCCAGGCUGUGUUCAGCAUGCUGUGGUCCACUGUCUUCAUGGAGCUGUGGAAGCGUCGCAGCUCAUCCUUGUCUUACCGCUGGGGGACCCUUCACCUCGCCGAGCGCUUCGCAGAGCCUCGGCCCAGUUUCCACGGUGACCUUGGGGUGAACCCUGUCACGGGCCGUGUGGAGCCCCUGUUUCCUGAAUGGCAGAGGGAUCUGCGAAUGGCACUGGUCUCCAUCCCUGUGGUUGGACUAUUUCUGGGGAUGGUGGUCCUUGGUAUGCUGUGUUUCUACUGGGGGGAAAACCAGGUGAUGCGGCUCCAUGAGGAAUGGGACUCAGUGGUGUCGCAGAUGUUGCUCUAUGCACCCUCCGUGCUUCACAUUGUCUACACCAAUGUGCUGGCUACUCUUUACAAAACAGUGGCCCAAUCGCUGACUGAAUUUGAGAACCAUAGAGAAGAGUCUGCCUUCCAGAACCACCUAACAGCCAAAGUCUUGGUGUUCACAUUCUUCAACUACUUUGCAGUCCUGUUCCACAUUGCAUUCGUCAAGCAGGAUGUGGCUUUGCUCCGUAAGCGCCUGGCCUCUUUGCUGCUCAUUACCCAGUUGGUGAACCAGGUGACUGAGGUGGUAGUACCCUUCCUGGUGGACCGCUUCGUGAGCGCUCCCCACAGGACGGAGAGUGAAGAUGACCCAGAGGAGGACAAAUUUAGAAAUCAAAUCAAACUGCCUGUGUUCCCGGGCCUGUUCGCAGAGUACAUUGAGCUCCUGGUCCAGUUUGGCUAUCUGAGUCUUUUCUCGUGUGUCUACCCUCUGACGGCUGUGCUGCUGCUCAUCAACAACGUGACAGAGAUCCGCUCUGACGCCUACAAAGUCUGCAAACUCUUCCGCAAGUCCUUCUCCGCCCCUGUGGCCAACAUGGGUGUAUGGCAGAUUGCUUUUGAGGUCCUGAGUUUCGUCGCGGUCAUGUCGAACUGCUGGCUGCUGACACUGUCGCCACAGUUGCAAAGGUUGCAUGACGAGGGCCACAUGAGCAGCACCAACAUUGUGCUGAUGGCUAUUACGGCCGAGCAUGUUCUUAUCAUCGUCAAGGUGAUUGUUGCAGCCCUGAUUCCAGAUGAACCAGACUGGAUCAGGAAGAAGAGAGCCCACAUGCAGUACACAUCCAUGCAGGCUUUAAGACAGCAGAACUUGCCAUCUGAGGAGGCCCAAAUCUCUUUCAAUGUGUGAGGUAGCGACACCCAAGAAAAACAAAUUUGAGUUUUAUUGGCAUGUUUCUGUGCAUACGUCAUAGGUAUUUUUAAAGGUGGGAUUUUACACUUUGGAGACAAGUCACAUGCUGGUAUUUUAGUGAAAUGGGGGCUGGGGGGAUUUUAUAUCAAAUUCAUACCAGAGAAAUAUAUGAGCCUUCGAUGAACAAAAUAAUAUCCAAUGUGACUAAAAAGGAAGACAAACUGCAAAGUAGAAGGUCAAAGGGUGAAUUAUAGCAAUGAAGUAUAUGUACGGAAAGGGAUGAAUAUAAGACAAAAAAAAGUUCCAAAAGCAAAGUCGUUUUGAACAGGAAAGGCCCCUUGUCGCUUGAUAUUCUAAGGCCUAAGAGCACCACUUAAAUUUGUCUUCAAAGUCCCAACUGGCAGCUUUAAUUCCACCAAGUUUGUUGCUUUUACCCCACAUGGUGCUUCAACAAUGUCCACUCUGGAAGUUGCACUUCCACAUCACACAUACACUAAAAGUACAAUUCAGACUUUAGAGGGUCAAUGUGCAAACUGAAUGUAUUUACUAUUUGCUGCAUAGGAAAUGCCUUUAAAAUAAGGUUUACAUUAUAUAGGUUGAAAGGUCAGAGAGAGGCGAAAUAUUUAUUACCAUGCUGACACUGUUUUCUUGACGAGAUUUUUGUUUCGCAUGUUGUCCAAAAUGAUCGAAGCUACAGUGAGUGACGAAAGGUAAAUGUCACCAUAAACAGCAGUUUACUUCAAAAACUCUUUUUUUUUUUUUUAAAUUGUAACCUAGAUAUCAUCUAGGAUUUUUGUAAUAAUCACAACAGAAUGUGUUUUCUGGAUUUUGGCAGUGAUUUUCAGAUCGCACUAUAGAGGAGAUAAUAGCUCAGCAAUACACGCAACAUGAUUUGGUAAAAAUUCCCCUGAAAUUACAAAAAGCAGAUAAUGAUGCUGCCAAUAUAAAAAUAGAAAAAAAAAAGUUAUUGUUGAAAGUAACAAGCAUAAACUAAACUAACAGACCACGUCUUGUACUUUGCAAUUAUAUGUGCUUUUGUUCAUCAGUUGUAGCGCUUUUAUGCACUUAUUUUGUAUUGUGCCUCUAGUGACUGCUUAACUCAGCAGUAUUACUACUGAUUCAUCUUCUACUUUGUGCUGUUCACGCUUUAGUGCUGGGAGAUUGAAUGUGGCAAAUCAUACAAUGUGUAUUCUUCUUCCAAAGAAUGGCUUCAACAAUGGCACCUAGCAGUUUUAAACAAAGUAGUUAUUCAACUUCUAACCACUAGUAGGCGCUUCAAGACUAAGUGUCCUUGCAAUUUCGUCAGGGUGUCUGGUCAAAAGUGGGUAUGAACAUGGGCUGUAUCACAAUAAAGAAGAGUAAAAAAGGUUA